GAGAAACAAGAUCCGAUGGAGAGGGAAUAACCGACUCAUAAACAUUGCAUGCUCAGCGUCAGUACUUCUUUAGUUCAAAGUAAAACACCACAGCAAUUCGAGCACAACGUUGUCUUGUUUUUUAGCGGUCGCUGCUUUUUCCUCUCUUUCUUCUCCUUGAGUAAUAUGUAAUAACACGAAUUCGAUAGUCUAUCAAUAAGUUGUUCUCAACUGGUGAAAGAAAGAAAACCGGAAACAAGGAUACCUAGCAAAUUUUACUGGUAAAACGAGUUUUAGCUGCGUUUUAGAAAAUCAGUGCAAACUCGCGUCAGCGGGUUUCAUUAUAAACUGAAAGGAUAGAAAAAAAAGCGGAUUAAAACAUACGUCAAGAGUUGAUUGAAAGUAUCAAGAAGGAAGGAAGAUAUAUACGGAAAUUUCUACGAAGAAAAUAAAUUCUGAAUCUAAUUAUUCUCGAAGAUACCUCGGAUUAGAACGAUGGAUUUAGUCUACGUUCCCGAAAUCUUGACCUAUGGUUUCUUUAGAGCUCCUCAGUAUCGGGACUACGAGCAGCCGUGGAAUAAAGAUUAUUUUAAUUGUGGUAAGACAACACAAGUUCAUUCUCAACGAUUGCCACAACAACACCAUGAACAAAAAGCAUUUUCGAAAGAAAAUUGUUACUUGUGCCGCGAGAACAAGAGAAGAAGUCUCGCGGCUUAUAUACGAGAGAAAUCGCGAAGGAAUUCUUGCCAAGAAAUUCACGAAGAAGAAGAAGAACGUGACUGCACAGACACUAAAGAAGGAAUCACGAAAACUGAUAAGAAAACGUCAAAGAAAGUUUUAGAAAAUAACGGAUGUAUAAAAAUGGAUAACAUAACAAAAAACGUCAAAUAGAAAUAGAAUGUUUACUUAUUCAUGUUUCAGCAUUUUAAUAUGGUUUCCAGAAAUUGAUACCGAAACAGACGUACCUCGUAUAUAAGGAAUGCAGAAUUAUUGUACCAAACUUCUAUGAUACAUGUAUCAUAUUAUGAUGUGAUGAUUUCAAAUGUUAUUUACCUUUAAAUACUUUUUUCGUAGAACGAAAAAUUUUAAGUUUAUAUUUGUAUUUGUAACAAUUUUACAUGUUCAAAACCUGUAUAAUGAAUAAUUUAUGUUAUUUUAUAUCUCUUCUGCUAUUUGAUAUAAUGCACAAUUUAUUGAUUUUUUAAAAUAAUAUUAAAAAGAACAUUUUCUACAUAUUAAUGAAAUUAGUAGUUUAGGUAUUAUUUUAAAUGAUACAUAUAUUGAAAUAUUUUAUACAAAUAUCGCAAAAAAUCAUCAAUCAAGUACAUAAUAUAUGUAUAUCCUAACAAUUUUUUAUAAUGUGUUAUUCUGUACAUGAGUAAGACAAGGUUAUGAAGUAACUGAUAAUAUUAUCUAUCUUUUUUUUUUCCAAAAUCUAGCAUAACCAAUAAUUGCAUUUACAGUUAAUAUGAACUGCAUUAAACUAUAAAUUGACAUAUAUUUAUACUAUUCCAGAAAUGCUUUAAUAUUUAAAAAAAGUAGAUUAACUAGAUAUUCAAUGAAGAAUUGAAUAAUUUAUAAGACUGAAUAUGUACAUAAAGUUAUAUAAAAAAAUACAUCUUCAAAAAUAAAGUAAACCUAACUUAAGUUUUCUGUAUAUUGUAUAAGAAAAGAAAUCAUAUACAUAAGUAAUGAUUCACUAAUCAUUAAAGCCAUAAAAGCCAUAACAGCUUUAAUGACUGUUACAACAAAGAACUUUGUCAUUGAAGAUUCAAUAAAAAAAAAAAUUAUUUACUUAUGUCGAA